AUGAAGGUUCUUUAUUGGAAUAUUAGGGGAAUAGGAAACAAUGAUUCCCAAUCCGAGCUUUCUAAUAUUUGCCAUAUUCACAAACCAGAUCUUGUUUGCAUUGCUGAGCCAAAGAUAAAGUUCACCUCAAUUUCAGCAGUUUUUUGGUCUUCUUUGAAUUUGGAUCUUGUUGCAACUAAUGAUUGUGGAGCGGCUCUUCCAAAUCUUUGGCUGUUGAGGGAUUUUCAUAUUCCUAAUCCGACGAUUAUUUCCAACUCCGAACAGCAGGUUACAAUACAGGUUCCUUUUGAUAAUGAUCCCAGUCAACUUUCUUUUGUAUAUGCUUCUACCUCUUAUAUCAAACGCAGGGAUUUAUGGCAAGAUCUUAAUGCUCUUCGUCCUCAAACGUCUAUCCCAUGGAUGAAAUUAAAGACUUUGAAACAUUGUUUGCGUGAUUGGAACAAAGCGGUUUUCGGUAAUGUCCAUCAAAAGGUUGCUGCUGCUCGUGAAAAUUUAGUCAACAUUCAACAAGAUAUCGCAACCCGUGGCAUGACUGAUCAAAGGUUUGAUGAUGAGAUUGUUGCAAAGUCUGCAGUCUUAGAUGCUCUGAGGAUGCAAGAAACUUAUUGGAAAGAUAGGGCUCGGGUUAAGUGGCUUACUGAUGGGGAUCGAAGUACAUCUUUUUUCCAUACUUAUGCCAAGGUUCAUGCAGCCAAAAGUCAAAUGUCUUCUAUCCGUGUGGGGGAGAGGAUACUUACUGACCCUUCAGACAUUGCAGCACAUACUGUGGCUUUUUAUCAGAAUCUCUAUGAUAUUUCCUCCCCUUCUGCAAAUGUGGAUGAGGUUUGUUCAGUUAUUCCAUCCCUAGUGACUAAUGAUGAAAAUGUGGUGCUAUCCGCAAUUCCUACAUUAGAGGAAAUUAGAAGUGCAGUUUUUUCUAUGGAUGGUUCUAGUGCUCCAGGGCCUGAUGGUUUUUCAGGGUCUUUUUAUCAAGCUUGUUGGGAUAUUGUUGGUUCUGAUGUGGUGGCAUGUGUUCGUCAAUUUUUUCUUCAAAACUGGAUCCUCCCCAACAUGAAUUGCAAUUUUUUAGUUCUCAUUCCAAAAGUCCCAAAUGCUCAGCUUAUUACUCAGUUUCGCCCAAUUGCCUUAGCCAAUUUUCUCUUCAAGAUUAUACCUAAGAUUUUGGCUUCUCGCUUGGGGUCUAUUGCUACACGUAUAAUUUCCCCUCAGCAAUCAGCUUUUCUGCCUGGUAGGCGAAUUAAUCAUUGUAUUGGUAUGGUUUCGGAAUGCUUUAACUUAUUGGACCGAAAGGCUUAUGGUGGAAAUGUGGGAAUCAAAGUGGAUAUAGCAAAGGCGUUUGACACUCUAAAUUGGGAUUUUCUGCUCCGAGUUUUAAGUAAUUUUGGGUUCUCUCCCACUUUCACUAGUUGGGUCAGCUCUAUUCUUCACUCAGCAAGACUAUCUCUUUUAAUCAAUGGCUCUCCUCAAGGUUUCUUUACGUGUUCUCGUGGUGUUAGACAAGGAGAUCCCCUUUCUCCACUUUUAUUCUGUCUUGCAGAGGAGGCUCUUAGCUGGGGCCUUCACUUACUUCUCCAAACCCAUCAAUUGAAGCCAAUAUCUUUUCCCAGGAAAUGCACUGCACCGUCUCAUGUGUUAUAUGCUGAUGACCUCAUGGUGUUUUGUCGUGGGGACAAAAACUCUCUUAAACGGCUGCGUGGGUUUUUUAACCGUUAUAGUGCAGCUUCAGGGCAAUUCAUUAAUGCGGAGAAAAGUACUUUCUAUCUUGGAGCUAGGUCUCGUCACAAGAAAGGUACAGUUCAACGUAUAUUGGGUUUUCAUGUAGGGCGCCUACCUUUUAUUUAUCUGGGAGUUCCUAUUUUUUGUGGUAAACCCCUCAGCUGCCAUCUCCAAGUUAUUGCCAAUAGAGCUAAGUCAAGGUUAAUGGGUUGGCAGGGGAGGCUUCUUUCUAUGGCUGGGCGUACUCAACUUGUGCAAUCUGUUUUUCAAAGUAUGCUUCUUCAUAGUUUUUCAGUGUAUCAAUGGCCUGCAUACCUUGUGAAGAAGUUAUCUACAUGGGCACGUAAUUUUAUAUGGUCUGGAAAUAUUGAGACUCGGAAAAUUGUCACUGUUACUUGGACUCAAGUUUGUGCUCCGAAAAAAGAGGGCGGGGCUGGUAUUCGUGACCUGGCAACUCUUAAUUCUGCAGCUGUUUUAAGGUUUGCAUGGAACUCUUUCACUUCUUUGAACCAAUGGGGUGAUUAUAUGCGAACUCGUUACCCUAUAUUAUCUAGUUCCAAAGUGAGCUACCGCAAAUCCUCAAUCUGGCCAGGUUUCCGCUCUAUUGCUCUUCAUAUCACCCACAAUUGUCGUUGGAUUAUUGGAGAUGGUCGUUCAGUGUCCUUUUGGAAAGAUAAAUGGCUUCAAGAUCCAAUUUUGGAAAUGUUGGGUUUUUUCGACUGGUCAGGAUUCAGUGAUCUACGUGUGGCGGAUUUCAUCUCUGAUCAUUCUUGGCAGUUUCCCUCUUUCUUCCUAGAUACCUUUCCAGACUUGUACAGGAAAAUUUCUGAUAUUUGUCUCCCUUUAGACACAGAACCUGAUAUGCUCAUUUGGGAGCCUACAGCCUCUGGAGAGUUAUCCUUCACUGAUUCUUAUAACUUGCUUAGACGACACUUUAUUUUGAGUGACUGGGCUUCUACUAUUUGGCAUUCCUUCAUUCCUCCACGAUUUUCUUUCUUGGCUUGGAGGAUUCUCUUAGAUCGCUUGCCCACUGAUGAUCGGCUGAAAAGAGGUGGGAUUCCGAUUGUGUCCAUCUGUCAAUUAUGCAACAGUUCGGCAGAGUCAGCUUUACACUUAUUUUUACACUGCCCUUUCUCCCAACAUCUUUGGGGAUGGCUGGCAACUCAGUUUGGAACCUCAUUUCCUGCUUAUGACUCUCUGUUGGAUUUUGGGUUGGCUUUUGUCACAAGGGUUUUUCCCCUCAGCUUUAUAAUUUGUGGUUGGCAGCUGGAUUGCUUACUUUCAUGGAAAUUUGGAAGGCGCGAAAUAGACUCAGGCGUCCUGGAUUCCCGACUUCUUUCUUCCCUUGGGGUGUGCCCCAAGCCUCGUAAAGCGCCCAAGAUUCAACGUGUCCUAUGGCAUCCCCCCCUCCCUCCUUGGGUUAAAGUUAACACUGAUGGUCUGGCGAAAGGUAAUCCUGGUCCUGCAGCUUGUGGAGGAGUUUUUCGUGAUGCUUCUGGGGUUUAUUUAGGGAGUUUUUGCCAACCUCUGGGUUGCAAUUCUUCCUUUUAUGCUGAACUUUAUGCUGUUAUUGUGUCUAUUGAAGUUGCUUUCACUAGAGGUUGGACUACUCUGUGGUUGGAAAGUGAUUCUAUUAGUGUUUUAGCAUCUCUCUCCUCCAAUUCUUUCUCUCCUCCAUGGGACUUGAGAGUUAGAUGGCAAAACUGCUUGAAGAACAUUCAGCAAAUGCAAUUUCGUAAAACUCAUAUUUUUAGGGAAGGGAAUGCAGCUGCAGAUAAGAUGGCAAACUUAGGUGUUUCAAAACACUCAUUUACUUGGUAUCCUAGCCCUCCUGCAGAGCUUCACAGGUACUUGCAGGCGGAUUUUUUGGGACUCCCAAAUUAUCGCUUCACAGGUUGCUGA